CCCAGGCUCUGCGUUCCUCCCACUCCUCCUCCUCCUCUCCACAGACGCAGAGCGGCUCUGUGCGCGCACACCGGCCCCAGCCAAGGUUGCUCAUCAGUCUGCUGCUUUCCCUCCGGCGCGGCAACAAAAUGGAGACCUUAAAUCACAACCUGAAUACCUACUUUGAAACAUGGAUGGGUCCUAGAGAUAAGAGAGUGCAGGGAAUGCUCCUGCUCGACAACUACCUACCAACCUUUGCACUCACGGUCAUGUACCUCCUGGUGGUGUGGAUGGGGCCCAAGUACAUGCAGAACAGACAGCCGUACUCCUGCAGAGGCCUCAUGGUGCUCUACAAUCUGGGAGUCACCUACUUGUCCUUUUACAUGUGCUAUGAGCUCGCUACGACUGUGUGGCACGGCGGAUACAGCUUCCUCUGCCAGAACACCUACAGUGCACCGGAAGUGGACAAAAAGGUCAUCGGCGUCCUGUGGUGGUACUACUUCUCCAAGCUCAUCGAGUUCAUGGACACCUUUUUCUUCAUACUGCGGAAGAACAACCACCAGGUGACGUUUCUCCACGUCUACCACCACGCCAGCAUGCUGAACAUCUGGUGGUUCGUCAUGAACUGGAUACCCUGCGGCCACUCAUAUUUCGGGGCCUCCCUGAACAGCUUCGUCCACGUUGUGAUGUACUCUUACUACGGCCUCUCAGCCAUUCCCGCCCUCCGGCCGUACCUCUGGUGGAAGAGGUACAUCACCCAGCUGCAGCUGAUCCAGUUCUGUUUAACCAUGUUGCAGACGUCACUGGCAGUAGUAUGGCCAUGUGGCUUCCCCAUGGGAUGGCUGUACUUCCAAAUAAGCUACAUGUUCUCGUUCAUUGUGCUUUUUUCAAAUUUCUAUAUCCAGACUUACAAGAAGCGCAGCGAUUCUCGAAGGAAGGAGCAUCAGAACGGCUCGUCUGCGUCGGCGAACGGACACGCCAAUGGAACGGCGUCGAUGGAGCACACGGCGCCCCGGAAGCUCAGGGUGGAUUGAUAUCGGCGAAACCAUCACCAGAUUCUCACCGUAGCCCUUUUAGGUUUUGCUGCUAGAGUUAUAAGUAUAUUCUUAUCUAGAAUAGACCAGCACUCACUCAAAAUAAGCCAUAGCCAGAGACAGUAUAUGCAUUAGUACGGAUAGUUUUAAAUUAUUGAAUUACUUUAGCACUAUGAGAAGGGUACUGUGUAUUCCUGGAUCUUUGCAGUAUGCCUUCCUCACCUUUUAGAGUCAGUGAAUUGUUAACAACCAGUCUCAGUGCAACACAAACACACAGUCAGAAUAACGCAGCGAUGCUUUGCACAACAAAGGUCCAAAGAUCAGCGUGUUGGCAGAUUAAAGUCUUAUGUCACGUCACAACAUCAGUCGAAGGGACAAUUGAAAAUUAAAUUGUAAUUACUGUGUUUAUUUUUUUUAUCAUUAUUGCGUAACUGCUGUAUGAUGCAUCUGCGUCUCACUUUAUCUCACUCCUGCCUGCUCGGUUGCAUAAUCCAAAAUUUUAUUCUCAGUCAGGUUGCAUUUAAUUUCAUGCAGGUUUGCCGUAUUUUUUGCAGCUGUCCUUAAAAAAAAAGCCAGGGCUCGGUUUCAAGCGUUGAACCAUCUCGUCACAACCAAAAGCGCAGCGUCGCUGCCGCCGCUCGUAUUAGUGUUCACAAGAGCUGAGGCCGCCGUGUGAAAGGAGAGUUGUUGUGUUUUCAAAAGCAGCAUGAAAAGACAGGCCUGCCUUCCAAAAGUUGUACAAAUGAUAAAAUUCUCCUUUCGCGUUGUGUUGAAUGAGUUCAGUGCUUUUUCAUUUAAAAAAAAACUGUACAGUAUACAUAUUAUGAGACAUGCAUAAAGCUUUUCACUUAAAGCUUUACUACACUUACUGUUGUUUCUGGUUAGAAACCUAAGUUUUCAACACUACAUGUUUUUAACUGAAUAAGCUGAUGCUCAUAACGUCUGCAACAGUGAAUAUUAGGUUAUAAGAUAAUCAUAGUGUAAAAGUAAUGCUUAAAAACUCUAAUACGGCGCAUAGCUUGGUGUCAACAUUGCACUGCGGUUUUUAAUGACGCUUAAAAUAAACAUUUCUGCAUACAUGUAAAAGAUGCAAGUAGUUUGCUUGGGAAAUUAAUGACAACCAGCUGAGAAACAAAUCAGGAAAGGGUAUUUUAGUUUCUAAUUCCUCUUUGUGAAUGGCAUUAGUAUGAUAAGUGUGUUACUCUGCUUUAAGCCUGUGGCGUGACCCAGUUGUCCUGCAAUAGACGUGGUUUGCAGCAGACAUUUUGACUAUUGAAUGGCCAAAAAUAGACAAUUCCCUCCCAGUUCUCCAGUGAACCUUGGCAGUAUGAAGACCAGCAGCAUCUUGCAGGUGGAAGGAAUGGAAAAAGUUAAUGGAGUUAACCCUCAUUAACUUUUUCUGCUUGGACAAUUCAAGACGCUGGCUUCUGGGGAAAAAAAAAAAAAAAAGCUCUGAAACUACAGCUGAACAUUGUGAGAAGCUGCUGUUCUUAAACAACCAAUGGACCACAGUAUUUCCCACGCUGUGUGUGGAUUUUCUAUAAAAUUUCAAUUUUGAAAUUCAAUAUUUGUCUGGACUCAAAUGUAACACAUAUGAGAACCAAAAAUUUUCCCCAUUAGGUUGUAUUAUCUCUACUUUCCCCAAAUCAUGAACCAACAAGAUGCUGAGGUUGGAUGCCAAAUUUUGAAUUGCGGUAAAAGGAUGAUUUCACUACUUUCUCUAAGAUCGGGACCAAUUCUGAUCAGCUGUUUCAAAAUCAGAAUUACUUCAACAACUUCUACACUACAAUAAAUGAUUGUUAAGAGUACAAGUUUUAAUCUGUGAUAUCUUAAUUUAUGUUGUAAAAAGCAAAAUCAACUAAAAAAGGCCAACACUGGCCUUACAAUUUGGGGACCAGCCAUUGCUGUGGACAUACUUUUGCCGUUCUUACGUAGUAAUAAUAAUAAUAAUAAUAAUAAUAAUAAUAAUAAUAAUAAUAAUAAUACAUUGUGCAUAAAAUGUGAUAUUUAAUGUCUUGAAUGUAGUAAAGGUUUUAAGCAUAACUAUAAACAGGCUGCCUUCUGGACCAGCUAAUAUAUCCUAUAAUGUAGCAAUUUGCAUCUUUAAGUUAAUCAUUGCCAGGCUAAAACUUAAUUUUUCUUUAAUCAAACACAUAAAAUGUGUUAAUUUCCUUCAGAUCACUCAUGCUGAUAUUGUAUCUCACCUAAAAUUAAAAAUCUGAAAUGUUUAUUAUUUUAUUUUGCAGAUAUGUUGAUUUUGACAGAAAUAAGAGGAUCAGUCAAAAGCUGAUGGUUGCAGAGAGCAACCGUGGCUUAGCAUGUAUGCUGCAGACAGAGUGAAACAGCCAACCUGGCUCAGUCACAAAUGAUCAAAUCAGCUUAUAAACCUCCAAAGCUUACUUUAGGGCUGACAAGUUCAGACAGAGCCAGGCCGGAUGUUUCCAGCUAAAACGCUCAGCCUGCAACUUCAUGGCACACGCGUGUUGCCCAAACACAGACCUCUGGUUCCACUCAGUAGAUCAGAAAAGCGAAAUCCUGCAUCAAAAAAAGGCCAAAUUUCUCAGCACAGUGAACCUGGUCUACGCCUAACUGCUGAUGAUAUGAAACUAUGACAUGACUGUAGCUGUUUUUCUGUUGUUGUUUUUUUUUAAUUUCAGGUGUAUUUGUAUGUAUUUAUGAGCAGAGUUAGCACUGAUUUACAACCCAACUGAUACAGGAGGCAAAAAUGAAUGUAUUGACAUAAUAUUUAGAAAAUGUCUAUGUUUAUUUUUAUUUUAUUUCUCCGAGAUCUGGUGUAAAGUUUAGGUAAUGUGUGUUUAUCACCGAUGCUUUACUUACUGUGACCCAAUAAAUACAAAAUACAAUUUCUGACCAA